UACCUGCUCUGACUGUAAUAUCAGGAGAAGAAAAGAAAAACCCAUAUACUAUGAGAGAGGAGCGAGUAAAAAGGGUGAUUGAAAGGAAAAUAGGCAGGCUAGUCCAACACAAGUAACAGAACCGUGGGCACACAAGGGUUCAGACAUGUUUCCCCAGCUCCUCAACCAAUAAUUGCAUACUCUCUCACCUCUCUGGCAUGCUCUUCUAUAUAAUGCCUUCUUAAAGUAAUGCAAUAACUUGCCCUAUGGGUGGCAACCUUAAUUUUCAGAGUGAUCACACGAUGAGUUCCUCAAUCUUCCUCCUAUACUGCCUUCUCAUAUUCUCCCUACUUCUCUCUCAACACACAAGCUAUUCUCAAGAUGUGAUGCCAACUCGGAAGUUAGGUAUUUCAGGCAUUGCCCAAGAUCACAUGCACCAUGAAAUCCAGGCAGCAGAUGAGGCAAUGGAAAGUAACCCGGCCAAAGAAGAUUCCAUGGAAGUAAUACUUACCAGCGACGGUUACGUUCCUCCUCGUGAUCUUGUCUACCAUACAGAUUACCAUGGAGUAACAACUCAUCCAACUCCUAAACAUCCCACACCAUAGGCUGCAGUUUUAAUUUUGCUUGGUGAGAGAUAUAUGCAGUUAUGUAUCCUAGUUUUUAUUCAUAUGAAAUGUGAUGCUCACUAUAUGGAAAGAUCAACUGUAGUUUACAUGCUAAGAUUACAUGAUACAUUUUCAUUGCUUAUGUUGUUUAUUCA